AUGAGGAUUUUCCUCGUUUGGACCCUUUUCCCAGGUGGCUGGGCAAUGAUGGGCCCUGCGCAGGUGACAGCCAAGCAGGGUGGCUUGCUGACAGUGUCCUGCAGCUACAAGCCGGGCUAUGAGCUCUACUCCAAGUACUGGUGCCGCCCGAGCUUCCUCUGGUUGUGCUUCACCUACAUCGCCCAAACGGACGGCUCGGAGGUGACAGUGAUGCAGGGCAGCAUGUCCAUCAGGGACAACCACACGGCACACUCGCUUAUGGUGACGCUGGGCUAUGUCACGCCAGGGGAUGCGGGCUGGUACUCCUGCGGGGUGAGGAGGAGACUGUGGUUCAGCCUGUGGCACACCACCAAGGUGACGGUCUCUGCAGCUGUUUCAACCACAAUUGAAAGCAGCGACGUGAGCCCAGCAGCCACCAACCCCCUGUGCCCCACGGGCUGUGGAGAGCCUCCAGUGCUGUGA